CUCCCCGUCUUCUCUUAACUCAAGUCGCAAGGCCUUCCUCUCCCCUCGAUUCCUCAACCCCACGCGCGCGCCUCCCAACCCUAUACGCCAGAUCGGCUCGCACCACCGCACGCGCAGAAUCCGUUUGGAGUUUCGUCGCGGGCGCGGCAGCGAGCGGCCGGUCCCAGGGCGUCCGUCCCCCGUCUCCCGCGCGGUCACCAGCAAGGUGAUUCUUCUUUCGACAGAAUGCAAGACCCUAGAGGUAUGGGGCGAGAGGAUUUCUUGGCCUCGAAGUCACAGAAGAGGAAGGUUGUGUAUCGGCCUUUGCCUUCAGUCCAGAUAAAAACUGAACCUGAACUGCUGCGGAGGGACGUUCCACAUUUGUCGGCCAAUACACAGAAGCCACCUAAGAGAAGCUUCAGGAGUGAGCCCUGCCCUCCCACGCCGCAGUCUGACAGAGGAACUCCGGACUCGCUACCAGAUUCUGGUCCUGCAGAUGAAUAUCGGGCGCUACGGAGGAAGUACAUGAUGCUGGAGGAAGAGAACUACACGCUGGAUGCACAAUUAGGCAUGGCAGAAGACGAAGCCAAAACUCUCGAGGACGAGAAGUUUGCAUUGCUGGAUCAGCUUGUUGUCUUGGAAGGUCUUGUGCAGCCUUCGCAGGUGCAGCCACAGCGAAGGCUAUAAGCCAUCUAUGUGUGACCCUUCGUUUUUUCGUAGUGUAAUUCUGCAUCUGGUAUUGUUAGGUGUGACUACCCUCAAGAUGUAGCCAUUGUAGUGGAGAGGACAAAAACCUAUGAUACCAGGUUUAGUGGAAGCUAUUUUACUCUAGAUAGUUGCUCUAGACAAGGCAACUAUCUGGAGUAUUUGUGCAGGAUGAAGGAGAAUGAUACCUAUGAUACUUUCAAAUGAAAUAUGGAGAAUGAUACCUAUGAUACUUUCAAAUGAAAUAUGGCCGCAAACUGUGGUGUAUGAACCAUGUAAUUCAUGAAUGAUGCUACUGAUCUAGAUAAUUUAUCUAUGUUCUGGUUUU